CGGGUCACUUAUUGCAGAUAUUUGCAUCUGUCAAGUCAACAACACGAGCAUUCAGUAGCUUCACGACAGAAAUUCAACCACUGCGUGCUAUAAAUCUUCUCAAACAUGCUGUUGGAAGUCAUACUGGCUGUGGUGGUCCUGGCAUUAACAGUGGUGAUAUGGACUGUGAUGAAGUCCAGACGAUUGAACAUAGAGGACCUGGAGAUAAAUGGCACGAGACGACCUUUGGGGAAUUUUGAGAAAAUUAUUGUAACAAGUCAUGGGCCCAAUGCAAGCAUAGCGCAUGCAUGCAUCGUAUCAUCGAAACAUCCUUUAUCGUCGGCUCAAGUCCAAACGGCAGCAGAGAUGUUGACACAUCGUUACCAGCUGCUACGCUCGCGUGUUGAUGACUCCGAUCCUGCAAAACCAUGUUUCGUGCCUAUGGAUAAUUUUACAGUUCCCAUGGAGACGAUUGAUUCCACUUCCUGGCAGGAUGUUUUGGAAGAACGCGUGAUGUCAAGAUACAACACGACAACUGGUCCGCUCUGGUCUGUUAGAUUUCUGCCCAAAGUUCAGUACAAAGUAGGACUGGAUUCUGAAGUGGAAGAUGCAGAAUAUCCAUUUCUGUGUGGCGUCGUGUUUGGUUUUCAUCACGUGAUCAUCGAUGGCUGCUCUCGUAUUCGAUUGGCUGACCAUUUCCUGACUUAUCUGGAUGACGUCAUCAAAGGAGUAGAUACUCCAGUGGAACCAAUGAAAAUGCAACCCGCUAUGGAAUAUUACAUCGCUGAUGAAAUUACACCCGGAUUUCUUUUUCAGCUCUCUGUACUCAUAACGAAGUUUGUUAUGUCCAUACCAGGGGUCUACAGUCUCUGUCUGAUGCUCUUUGGAAAGAGAAAUAUUUACACAGAAACAUGUGGCUUGGAGGAGGAAAGAAAUCCUAAUGUUGGUAAGAAAACCUGCAUAAUCCCUAUGGAGUUUUCACGGGAAGACACAAGCAGGCUUUUGACGAAAUGUAGAGAAAAUAACGCUACCGUUCACGGAGCUGUCCAAGCGUCCGUAUCGGUGGCAUUCGCAAAGCUCUUGCAAGAAGGGGAGAUAACCAAAGAGAUGGAAUUACCAGCUGGCUGCACCAUCAACUUAAGACCUUUCAUUACCGGUACUCCUGUUUCUGCAGACUGCCUUGGUUCAUAUUUUGUGCCCAUGUUUGUUAUGCAAACCAUCAAACCGCGUGAAGACUUCUGGAAAAUGGCGUCACGGGCAACCGAGCAAGUAAAGAAAGGACUGCAGCAAGGACCCGCUAAUAUAUUUAUGAAGAUGUGCGCUUUCAUGGUGCUGCUGAACCUGUCUAAAGACGGUCGGUUCAUCGUGGUAUCAGCACUGACCAAUCUCGGUAACUGCAAAUUCCUGGAACGAACUCUUCAAAGUAAGGUGAAAUUUCGGGCUAUGCAUUCGUGCACUGCAGAGCACCACAUUGGUCCUAUAUUCUCAACUAGGGUCAUCACGUUUAACGGGCAGCUGUUCUGGACCAUCUGCUAUUACACUAAUGUCACAAGCAGAGAGCGAGCGAUAGAAUUCGCAGAGAGUGUCAAAGAAACUCUUAAAACAGCCCUAGCUUGAAACUAUAAAAUAACAGCGGCGUAUAUCUUUUUUCUUUUUUUUUCUUUUUUUUUUUGGAGGUUGGGGUGGGGGCAGGAUAUUCAUAUUUACAAAAUUAACUUAACUGCAACAUUUAACCAAAACCAUUUCACUAACCGUCGGGAAUGGCAAUAGUAGUUAUUUACCAGCCCAACACUGAACAUCACUAGCCACGGGAAUAGGGCUACCAUAUUCUAGAAGCUCUGGUAGUAGUAGUUACAAUGUAUAUUUAUAUGUCAAACGAUUGUAGAAAGAUUGCAUUUUCGGUUAAAUAAACAGUUAGUUAAAAAAUUGAUUUGUUUAAUGACUGGAGCACAUUGAAGUCUUUUUUUCUUUUUUCUUUUUUUUUAUUGUCCCCAGAAUAUAAAAUGGCAGUGUCAGGGAUGGGGUG